AAGGAGGCGUUGUUGUGGUGCAACGCCUCCUUUAUUUGGUGAAACCGAAAGAUCAGCGCGAACACUUGGUUCAACGUCGCUCUGAGGACACUUCACAGUGUGAUUAAGUUGUUUUGAAACUAGUUUGUGGGUCAAGUUCGUCUGAUGAGCAGCAAAGCAAUGAUGAGGUCGGAAAAGCAGUGCUAACGUGUGCCGAUCUCGCCUUGUGCUACGUUAGUAAAGACAUUGCACAUACUCUAUCUUUAUAAAGAGCAGCAUCCAAGCCAGAAUGUUGAAAACAACACCUUCAAGGACCGUGAGUUUGUUAACGAGCCUUCGAUCACCUGUCCGUGAGCAAAUCAGGACAACCAAGAUACUGAGGCGAGUUGUCCCACCACUUGUGUCAAAACUAUGGUACAAGAAGCCCCGAUUGCUGACAAAAGAGAACUACAUUUAUGUCUAUGACGAAAUCACUGAAAAGAAGAAGAAGCCAAACAUCGACGUCAUUCUCACUCAGUUUGUCGAAGGGCUCGGAAACAAGUGGGAUGUUGUGUCUGUGAGGCCAUUUUAUGGCCUGUCACAUCUGAUUGUUCCAGGAUUGGCCCUCUAUGCUACACCAGAAAAUUUGAAACUUCGUGAGAAAAUGAGGGGGGAAAAGGAAGACUUAGGUCCUGUGUUUAGUACCCGAACUUCUCCGGUGAUAAUUCGCAUGCUGAAAUCCACAAUCAUCAGACUUCCCAUGAACAGGGAUCGAGGAUGGACUGUUGAGCCGUGGCAUCUCAGGAUCGCACUUCGACAAGCGGGUAUUACUGUACCCGAAGAGGCCAUAGAGCUUCCUGAAACACCCAUUACUGGACCCGACUAUGCUGGAAAAGAAAACAAGGUGUUCCUUGCCAAUAUUUAUGUGAACAAAGUUGAUAGAGGCAUGAUCCCCUUCCGGAUCCAACAUGUUGGCAAGGCUGUCCGGGUGGAUGAAGGUUCAGAGGUGCCAUUCGAGAAACUACCGGUCGAAGCUCUCUUUCCAGAGCAGGAGGCAACACUUCAAGAGCUCUUCCCAGCAAAAUUCAAGCCAUGUCAGCACUCGGACACCACAACAUCACCAAUAAAGCCAACUGCUUCUAGUUAGCUCACUGUAGCUUCCCAAGUAUUAAAUGACGAGUUUAGGAGAUCUC